AUGUUCCAUCACGAUGAGGCUCCCGAGCUUCUUGAUGAAAGUGCAGAGCAAUUUCUUGAUUGUGCGGAUGAGUCCAUGUGGGACACUGAGGAUUGGGCUGAUGAUUCAGCCAAUGCGCCUGACAUCCCUAGCAUUUUGAUUAAGCCUUUCAGUGAAACUGAGCCAGUGUGCGAUGCAUCCGAGCUUGAAGCCAUUGAUGCUGCAGCAGAUUCCUUUGAGCUUGAUCGGUUGACGAAAGCCGGUGUUCUUGAACAAAGUGAGUCCUGGCUUGAAGGGCAUCGGACAUUGUCUUCCAAGUACGUCCGCACAUGGAGGCCUAAAGUCAUCAAGGGAGAGCGCGUUUGGUUGCGCAGAGCCAGGCUGGUUGCGCGAGAAUUUGCGCAUUUAGGUCCGGGCAGGCAGCACUUGUUUGCACCGACCACGACCCAGUGCAUGCUGAGAAUUGUUCCGUCACUUUUCAUUCGCAACUUUGGGGACGGCUGGUCCCUGCUGAGUCUUGAUGUAUCCGACGCUUUCUUGCAGUGCAAGCAACAGCAUGAUACCUUGACAAAAGUCGAUGGAAAAUGGUAUAAACUUUUCCGAAUGCUGCCUGGGCAACGGGACGGAUCUGCUACCUGGUUUCAAGAUUUUAUGUGUGAGAUCCGCGCAGCUGUUGCUGCUGAGCCAUUAGCAGAGCAGCCAGUGUUGUUUCGCAUCCCGCAUGCGGAAGGCAGCCACAUGCUUCCAGAUCCUGGGGACGGUGAGCUUGAGGACAGAGAGUCCGAGUCAGAGGCCGAGGAAGCUCCCACGUCUGCAGGUGCCCUGCGGAAUCGUCGAUAUAGGGCCAAAUGUCGAAAUGCUUCCCGUGCAGAGGUUUUGUUUCUGUAUGUGAAAACCUGUGGCGACGAAUCAGAAUCUCUGGGCACCGCUGCUGCAGGGAAUUAUUUGUUGUGUGUUGCUGAGCUUGGGGAAAAAUGCAUCAAGCCGCUGGGUGCCCAAGAGCACUUGCAGCAGCAAGAUACUUGGCGAGCUCGGCAUCAGAAACGUCGCGAUCGAGAUUUCGCCGCUAAGCAGAUGUCCCUCCAGAACCAGACAACCCGAAACCAGAUGUUCAAGUGCUGUUUGAAGUCUCUUUUUCGUUUCAGGGCAGCUGUCCAGUUGGGGCCUGCCCAGGCUGCAGUGGCAGGUGCCUUGUGCCGGGCACCUGCAGCUGCUAACCAGGGUGCGGUGACUCCUGUUCCUGCGAUGCCCGCCUUGGCUGGCAGGUUGGCGGUUUUGCCUGCAGGGCAAGCGCAAUGGGUUUUUCAAGCUGCUGCGCCAAGCGUCAUCUUCGAAGCCGUUGCAGAUCGCCAGGGCCUUUACACUUGCUUUGCAGACGGACAGGCGGCGGAGCCUGAAGUAGGCACUGCGAGGCGUUACCUAGGGCGUCCUUUCUGGAUGGUUCGCUUGCCACCAACUGUCAUGAAGCAUUUGAUGGAGAUAGGCAAGGAGUUCGUGGUUCCUGGUGGGCUUGUGACUUCUUUGGGGCACCAGUUGCCCGGAACCGUUCCUGCUGCGGCAGAAGGAAGCCCCAGUGAUGGUGCCGACAGUGGUUCCUCUUCCUCCUGCGAGAUGAAGAAAGUGCGCAGGCCGGCCAUGCAAGAAAUCCUGUUGGGAAAGCUCGCUUACAAGCUCAGCUCAACGGUAGGCAUUCAAGAUGUGGUUCGCACCGUCCUUCGAAUGUUAGUGCCAGAUAGUUUAGGUCUGCAGACAACAUGA